GAGACUGUUUUACUUCCCCUUUUCACUCUAAUAUCCUGACCCACUGUUCUCCGAGAGGCAUCUUACUCAUUCUCUAGCACUAGAGUGAGCUUGCAGUCAGGGCACGCACUGCUUCUGUGACCUGAAUGAAACUGGCCUGCCUUCUAAGAUUUUCUCCUCCUCCAACCCCUGGAAUCAACUUCCAUGCUGCUGUGGUCAUCCCUGCUGAUCCUCGCUGCAGUCAGUGGACAACUGGCUACUACACGACCUCAGCCUGUGAUUUCCCUUGAUCCUCCAUGGACCACAGUCUUCGAAGGACAGACGGUGAUUCUGACUUGCAAUGGAUUUCACUUGUACAAUACAACGAAAACAAUAUGGUACUACGACAAUAAGAUAGAGACACAAGGAGAAGUCAUGGAAAACACCUUUGUGGCUCAUAAAUCUGGAAAGUACAAAUGCCAGAUCCAGGACUCACCCCACAGUGACGCUGUGAAUUUAGUUUUUGCUAAAGCCUCUGUCAUCCUGCAGACCCCUUAUUCUGUGUUUGAAGGUGACACGUUGGUUCUGAGAUGCCAGAAAAGGGGGAAAGAGAAACUGGUUGCUGCAAAAUAUUUUCAUGAUGGACAUCAUCUCCCUAAUUCUAAUCAAGGCUUGGAUCUUAUCAUCCCACAAGCAAGUUUAAAUAACAGUGGCCAUUACAAAUGCCAUGGAUAUGAAAACCAAAACACUCAUUUUGAAUCAGAUGAUAGAAUUAUUAAAAUCCAAGAGUUAUUUCCACAUCCAGAGCUGAAAGCCAUAGACUCUGAGCCUAUAGAGGGGAGUCCUGUCCUCCUGAGCUGUGAAACACAGCUCCCUCUAGCACGGUGGGACACUCCUCUCCAAUUCAUCUUCUUCCGAGAUGACAUGGUCAUCCUGUCUGACUGGAACAGGUCCUCAGAGCUCCAGAUCCCAACCAUCUGGAUUGAAAACUCGGGACUGUAUGGGUGCAGUGCUGAAACGUUGACCCACAGUGGCUACAAACACAGUUCCCUACUAGAGAUCCGCGUGCAAAGGAUCCCUGUGUCUCAAGUGUCCAUAGAGAUCCAGCCUCCAGGGGGGCAGGCAUCUGAAGGGGAGAAACUGGUCCUUGUCUGCUCUGUGGUCGAAGGCACAGGGGAGACCACUUUCUCCUGGCACAGAGAGAACACAAGGAAGCAUGUGGGACAGAAAACUCAGCGUUCCCAGAGGGCAGAACUGGAGAUCUCUAACAUCAGAGAGAGCCAUACUGGGAAAUACUACUGUACAGCUGACAACGGCUUUGGCCCCGUCCAGAGCGAGGUGGUGAACAUCACGGUAACAGGGACUCCAGGGAAAAGAAAUGCCUUUGUCGCUGUGGGAACUUGCGGGGGAUUUUUCAUUCUCCUGGCAGUGGCUCUGCUGUAUUACUACUGGCGCUGGAGGAAACCAGGAAAUGACUUUGAGAGGGAAGACAUCAGGAGGCCUCCCAGCCCAUGUCCAAGAAAUUCCUACCAUUCCAUCCACUCUAACCCAGCGGAGCAGCAGCCAGUAUACAGCAAUGUGAACCCCAAAGAGGAAGACUUGGAAUACACUGAGGUCCAGAUAAUUCAGAUAGAAGACAAUGGGAAUGCUGAUACCCUCAUGGCAUCUCUAGAGGACCAGGGUGUCUCAGUCAUCUAUUCCGAUGUGAAGAUGGAGCUUCCAGAUCCAUCAUGAAAGGCAGCAGGAUGUCCUACGCCCGUGAGUUGUCUGUGAUCCAGAGUUCCACGCCUACCACAGUCCUCAUGACCCCUGACGUGACCAG